AAAUCUGGCGCAAUUCAUCCCCUGUGGUUCUCUCCAUCGAGUGCCUCAAGGGAACCUCCAAAGCCAACGAGUGGACUGACGACAUGCUCCAGACCGGAGACAUAGUCGAGGAGCUACGUAUCGGCACCUCCGUCACCGUAAAGUCGUCGUUCAAGAACUGCAGGAGCGGCGUCCAGAAGAUUCUCCACGCUUCCUUCAAGGCCAAGGACACGUCCAUCCAGGUCAAAGUCCGUCGCGGCCGGGACGACUUCACGGAGUUGCAAGCUUGUAUCGUCCCCAUUCCAAUGACUCCGCCGGGAAAAAGGUGUACAUGCUCCGGUCCAUUUUCGACCCCAACUACGUCGUCGGGUUCUGGCGAAGUCUUUGCUUCUCUAAGGGAAACGAAGGAGGGGGCUUGAUGCUACACAGUUUAGUAUAGAUUGAUUUUCCAGAAAUGUCGAGGAUCGCUAAGUGGAAGCUUGAGAAGACAAAAGUGAAAGUCAUUUUCAGGCUACAAUUCAAUGCUACACAUGUAAGCUCUAACUUUUAGGAUUUGCUGCUGAAAUUCCAUUGUUUCGAUUAUUUACUUGUCUUUUAGAUUCAAUUCUGAGGGAGCAUGCACGAAAACUAAACUAUUUGGUA